UUUUUUUUCCUGUGUGAAAUGGGCAGUAGCAGUGGCUAAAGCCCUGUUCCUCUUUCCCAGAAGCUUUCAGACUUUCCUUCAGGACUAAUCCCAAGAAGCCACCUAUCUGGACUGCAGACAAGAGCAACCAUGACAAACUGGCGCAGCUCCAUCAUCCUCACAGCCUACAUCGUCAUCUUCCUCACUGGUCUCCCUGCCAACCUCCUGGCCCUGCGGGCCUUCGUGGGGCGGGUCCGCCAGCCUCACCCUGCGCCCGUCCACAUCCUCCUGCUCAGCCUGACUCUGGCGGACCUCCUGCUGCUGCUGCUGCUGCCCUUCAAGAUGGUUGAGGCCGCCUAUAACUUCCGCUGGCAUCUGCCCGAGCUGCUCUGCGCCCUCACGGGUUUCGGCUUCUACAGCAGCAUCUACUGCAGCACGUGGCUCCUGGCGGGCAUCAGCAUCGAGCGCUACCUGGGAGUGGCUUUCCCCGUGCAGUACAAGCUGUCCCGCAAGCCUGUGUACGGAGUGAUUGCUGCCGUGGUCGCCUGGGUCAUGUCCUUUGGUCACUGCACCAUCGUGAUCAUUGGUCAGUACUUGAACUCAACCCAGCAGACCCCAAACACGAAUGGAAUCACUUGCUAUGAGAACUUCACCGAAACGCAGCUGAACGUGGUGCUUCCGGUGCGGCUGGAGCUGUGCCUCUUCCUCUUCUUCGUCCCCAUGGUGAUCACCAUCUUCUGCUACUGGCGCUUUGUGUGGAUCAUGCUCACCCAGCCCCACGUGGGGGCCCAGAGGCGGCGCAGAGCUGUGGGGCUGGCUGUUGUGACCCUCCUUAAUUUCCUGGUGUGCUUCGGGCCUUACAACAUAUCCCACCUGGUGGGGUAUUACACGAAGAAAAGCCCCCCGUGGCGGGUCGAAGCCGUGGUGUUCAGUUCCCUCAAUGCCAGUCUGGACCCCCUGCUCUUCUACUUCUCUUCAUCGGCUGUGCGCAGAGCCUUUGGAAAAGGGCUGCAGAUACUGCGACAUCAGGGCUCCUCCCUGUUGGGACGCAAAGGCAGAGAGACAGCGGAGGGGGCGAGUGGGGACAGGGGUGUGAGUCAAGCCGAGGGAGCACCGAGUUCCGACUUCACUACAGACUAGGGGGAUCCUGGACCUUUGGAGGCACUCUGGGUUACCUAAGAAUUGAGCAGGCUGGGAGAGUGGGAGCACGGGUCAGGAAUCCUCAGCCCCGAUCCACUACUGGGGCUGUGAAAACCUCUCUCAGCAGCUUGGUGUCCCCUCCUGACUGAAGUUUCCAGCCCAAAGGAGCACAGCUCUGUGACAAAAAGAAGAAAUGGCUAGGCACAGAAGCACCAUCAGACCAGGGUUUCAGAAGCAACGUAGCUAAUACAAAUCCAGUCCCUGUGACGUAGCCGGCAGCUGGGGAUGACCGGGCUCAAGCGGAGUCCUUAAAGCAAUCUUGCUAUAAGCUUUGAACAACACCUAGACGCCGGUCUAGCUGUGGAUACUGGAAAGAAGCCAACAGGAAAGAGGUGGAUGAGAAUACCAAAUGAGGUCAAAGAAGACUCAGGAAGGUUAUAAGCCAAGGGGGGGGGCGGGGAUUAAGAGGGAGGACUGGAGACUCAGGCCUCUGAUGAUCUAGGUUUGCACUGUAUCUAUCGCUUCCACUUGCUGCUUUGUAAGUAUGCUCCAGUCGCCUUCGUGUGUGUAUCUUGUCUCCCUGCGUCAAACCUGCCAGAGGUCUGGGUCUUGUCUUCCCCCUCCGUGGCACCCCACACGGGUCAGGACGCAGCCUGGCACCCAUCAGUCAGAGGUCAACACCGGCGAGCCCAGGAGCAGACAACCUGGCCUGGCAGACUGAAAAUAAAGACCGUAAAACUCUGC